ACUCAGGUGAUUUGAGUGAUGAUUAAAUGAAAAUACGUGAAGGCAUUCGAGUUCAUAGGACGUUAUCUCGUUUCCAGCGUGUCGUUCCCAGGACAUUUGUAACCAGGAAGUAAAACACUAUGCGCUCGCUAGUCGUCUGCACCAUAUAUGCCCGAAAUUAGUCUUAACUUCACUAAAUCUGGACGCGAGUGUUAUCGAUCGUUUUAUGGUUUAAGAGCUCGGUGUGUAUGUUCCUGAGGCAUUACGUGGAGGUCCUGCUGAUAUGAUAUGAAUGAGUAAAAAAAUGGAGGAGCUUUCUCCCAUGGAUGACUCCGGGCAUGGUGAUGGGUCUGGGGACUCGGAGGAAGAUGAUGAGCCCAAAAUUUGUCAAGUAUGUGGUGACAAAUCCACUGGCUACCACUUUAACGCCAUGACCUGUGAGGGAUGCAAAGGCUUCUUUAGGCGUGCCAUGAAGAAACCGACAAAGUUCUGCUGCCCAUUUCAGAGCGCCUGUGUCAUUACCAAGAGCAACAGGAGGCAGUGCCAGUCCUGCCGUCUUCAGAAAUGUCUCUCAAUUGGAAUGAAGCAAGAGUUGAUCAUGUCUAAUGAGGCCGUGGAGAAACGGAGGUUGCAGAUCAGAAGGAAGAGGGUGCAGGAAGAACCUGUCAUGCUCACCCCUCAACAAGAAGCAAUCAUUCAGGAACUGCUCUCUGCGCAUCAAAAGACCUUUGACAUGACCUGUGCCCACUUCACACAGUUCCGGCCUCUAGAUCGAGAUUUAAAAGCGAUAUCUAACGACAAUCAAGAGCAAAACAACAGAAAAUAUUCUGAAGCCAUGAGAAAAGCAGAGGCUGACGUUACUGCGCAAAAAGACUUCAGCUUUUUCUCCACCUCGCCACACAUUUCCUCCAGAUCUCAAGCAGUGGAAACUAAAGACUUGAAGCAACUCGGCAGCAGCAUUUUCACCUCUCUGCCACAUUUUACAGACCUCACCACAUACAUGAUCAAGAAUAUCAUCAACUUUGGCAAGGCACUCACGAUGUUCAGGGCGCUGAUUAUAGAGGACCAGAUCUCGCUGCUGAAAGGUGCAACCUUUGAGAUCAUUCUGAUUCACUUUAACAUGUUCUUCAAUGAGGAGACCAGCAUUUGGGAGUGUGGACCUCUGCAAUACUGCAUGGAUGAUGCCUUUCGAGCUGGUUUUCAGCAUCAUCUGCUGGAUCCCAUUAUGAAUUUCCAUUGCAUACUGCGCAAGCUGCACUUGCAUGAGGAGGAAUAUGUUCUGAUGCAGGCCAUCUCACUCUUCUCACCAGAUCGCCCUGGCGUGACACAUCACAAAUUGAUCGACCGUAACCAGGAAACACUUGCUCUCACCCUGAAGACCUACAUUGAGGCCAAGAGGACAGAACCGGAGAAACAUCUGCUGUACCCAAAGAUCAUAGGGUGCCUGACUGAAAUGAGAACUAUGAAUGAGGAGUACACAAAACAAGUGCUCAAAAUCCAGGACAUUCAGCCAGACGUGUCUCCAUUGUUGCUGGAAAUCAUAAGCAAGGCCAGCUAAGUCUUUACAAAGGAGAUCCUGCUCCGAAAAUGUGCAUGUCGUUGCUGGAUUGACCUUCAUUCAAGAACAUGGAAGGUAUUUGAAAGGAGCCAUGAACGACAGUCAAGACUAGCAAGGACAAGGAUUAUGUGCCUAAUAUUACUGAACUACUGAACAGCAGCAUACUGUAUAUUGUACAGUUAUUACUGGUUGUGAAAUUGUAAUUUUGUACGUCUCGCUGAAUGCAGUUCUGUUGCAAUUGAAUAUGACAAGCAAACAUUUUUCUGAAUUCUAUUUUUGUGGUUCAUAACCAGAUGAAGAAUGGCACAUGUGAUUCUUUACAGAACAUUUAUUAAGCCUAAAAAUUUGGGAUUUACAAAUGUACUUUAAUUUUUGUUCCUAGGUUUAGGUAAUAUACCAGCACUUGAUCAAAACCCAGGGAUAAACCUUGAAGGGUAUUCACUAGAUAUUCUAUUAUAGACAGCUACUAUGGCAGCAAAAGAUCAUUGCCAAAAUAUAAUUAUAAAACCACAUUGUGAUGCAUAUAGUCAUUUGUGUUCAUGGUUUAUAUUGAUGUUUUAAGAAAUCUGUUAUUUAUUAUAUUUUUAAAAACAAAAUAGUGAAAGUAAAUCUUUUGGCCCUUGUGUUCAGAGAAGAUCAUGUGUCCAUUUGUGACCAUAUUUCACCCCAAAAUCGUAUGACUUUUUUAUUACAAGAAGUAAUGAGAACUUUUGAGAAAUGUGCUUGUGAUAAUUUUACCACAAUGCAACUCUGAUUUGCCCUAAAAAGGUCUUUUUUGUUUGUUUUGUUAUAAAUUGAAAGUGACCGAUUUGUGAGACACCAUGAUGUAUGUCUAAGUUGUAUUAUUGUUUUAGCUAUAGUACUUUCAUGUCUGUUGUGAUUUUCUUGCGUUAGAAAAAAACCCACUGUGUUUUGUGUCAUGUAUGAAUGUAUACCAUUUUUAAAAAAUCCAUGACAUUUUUAAAAGAGACCAUGUGGGGUCAUCGUAUCGAUACAUGUAAAAUAAUGUCAGUGGUGACAGACAUUGCAUUCCGAUUGCAAAAAGUAUAUUUUACCAGAACUGCAUCUGAGGUUAUUGAGGCCUUUUCUGUCUGGAUCUUGUUAUUCUAAUUUAAAGUGAGAGUUCACCCAAAAAGGAAAAUUCUGUUAUCAUUUACUCACCCUCUAGUCAAUUUAAACCUGUAUGACUUUCUUCUGCAAAACAAAAAAGAUAAGUUUGUAGAAUGUUGGUAACCGAACAGCAGCGGUACCCAUUCACUUCUAUUGUAUGGACACAAAUCCAAUGCAAGCCAAUGGACAUUGCUGCUGUUCCAUUUCCAACAUGCAGAAAAAAAGAAAGUCAGGUUUGAAAUGACAAGAGAGUGAGUAAAUGAUAACGGAUUUUCAUUUUUGAGUGACCUAUCCCUAAAAAUGACAGUCAGUGUAAACAUUUAGUAGUGUUAAAUAAUAAUGCAACCUAACAAUCUAGAAAAAGUGUAGCAUUCUGAACUGACAGGGUGUGAAGUUGCUUUUUUUAAAUAUUUGCUUUAAAUAAAAGCAAUCGGAGCAUAUAGACACCAGGUAUCAACGUGCAGCACAAAGUGUUUACAAUUUUUUUUUUUUACGACAGCGCCUGUGUAGAUUUAGCGCAUUGGUUAUCCCUGAUAUGCAAACUGAUGGGUUUGUAUUACAAAUGGAAGAAUCACAUAACACGUAACACUCAGGUUUGUAACUUUUACAUUUAAAGUGCCCCUCUCAGGAAAAUAAAUUGUAACGUUGUGUAAAAUGUGCUGGAU